AUGGCUGACGUUGAUCCAAAGCCUCAAUGCGGAGGAAGAGCAUUUGAUCCAGAUUCAUACGACUUUCCCUUGCAUCUUGGUGCCAUCUUCAUCGUUUUCUUCGCCAGUACUGCAGGGGCUGGGUUUCCUGUGAUUUCUAAAAAGGUGAAAUGGCUGAGGAUUCCUCCAAGGCUGUUUUUCUCGUGCAAGCACUUUGGGACUGGAGUUCUCAUUGCAACCGCCUUUGUUCAUCUUGUACCUACCGCUUUCGCAUCCCUGAACGAUCCAUGCCUGCCCGACAUACUGGUUGAGGACUAUCCUGCUAUGCCAGGCGUCAUCAUGAUGUUCUCCCUGUUCUGCCUCUUUACAAUUGAAAUGUACCUGAAAGCCAAGGUUGGCGGACACUCUCACGGAGGCCCAACAGGACAAGCCAAAAGGACAACUCACGAUCAUUCGACUGAGCAUAGCCAUGGUCAGAAAUCAUCAGUGAGCACUACCACCACGGCGCUCCCACCCUAUGACAGUCAGAGAUCGAACGUGGAAUAUAACAAUUUGUAUCGAGAGAAGCCAUUCGAAAGAUUCAAUUCUGGUCACGAGGAGGAGCCAGAGAUGGAGAGAGACUCAUAUGGCUCUGAAAUGCCACCGUGGUUUCAGGUCUUUUAUUCCCAGUACGUCCGUCAACGCGAAGAAAUGCAGGAGAUGAUUUCUGUGCUUGCAAAAUCCACGGCGGGACUCGGGGCUCCGACUCCAAGCGUCUCACAGGCAGAGGGCUCGAUCAAGGGAUUUUCCGAGCUUGAUGAUAACCUGGAAGCUGGCAACGACAUUGACUCGGCGCAAUUCAAGAAGAUGAACUUGAAUAUCACCUUGCUCGAGGCGGGGAUCUUGUUCCACAGCAUCUUCGUGGGCAUGACAAUUUCCAUCACCACCAAUGGCUUCAUCGCGCUGCUUGUUGCGAUCAUCUUCCACCAGUUCUUUGAAGGACUUGGUCUUGGCAGCCGGAUUGCUGAGGUUCCCUACAAGCCCAAAGCUGCAAAGCCUUGGGUGCUAGUAUGUGCAUUCGGGCUCACAUGCCCAAUUGGACAGGUUAUUGGAUUGGUGACGCGAGACACCUACGACCAAAGUAGCGCAUUCGCAUUGAUCUUGGUUGGUUUCUUCAAUGCUUUUUCAUCUGGGCUCCUGAUUUAUGCGGCCCUGGUCGACCUCCUGGCUGAAGAUUUCUUGUCUGAAGAAGCCAUGGAGUUGAUGGACAAGCCAACAAGAAUCCAUGCCUUUAUCUUUGUGCUAUUAGGAGCCGCUGCCAUGUCUGUAGUGGGUGCUUUUGCAUAG